AUGGCUACCACGAGCACCAAGGUUGGCCACGGGCUGGCCAAGGUUCUUGGUAUCGACCUGCAUUACCGCCAUGAGACAGGCUCCGAACGCGUGACCCGCGGCGAGAGCGCCUUCACCAUUGAUUCUGCGGAUACAUAUGUUGAACAAGAACCAACCGCCUGGGAAUGGCUUCGCGACGUAACGCCAAACGGCCAAGACAUCAAGCAAUACUGCAUCAAUCUAUUCCCGUUCUUGAAGUGGAUUACUCGCUACAACGCGCAAUGGCUCAUGGGCGAUCUGGUAGCAGGUAUCACCGUUGGCGCCGUCGUUGUUCCCCAGAGUAUGGCAUACGCAAAGCUUGCUCAACUUGCUCCUGAAUUUGGCAUGUACUCUUCGUUCAUGGGUGUGCUCCUCUACUGGUUUUUUGCAACGUCCAAGGAUAUCACGAUCGGCCCUGUGGCCGUGCUCUCAACUGUUACUGGAAAUGUCGUCACCAAAGCUCAGGACAAGAUCCCCGACGUUCCCGCCGAUAUCAUAGCCUCGUCGCUCGCCAUUAUUGCAGGAUCGAUCGUGCUGUUCUUGGGACUCGCUCGUCUUGGUUGGUUGGUAGAGUUUAUCACACUUCCGGCCAUUUCAGCCUUCAUGACGGGUUCUGCCCUGAAUAUCGCUGUCGGACAGGUACCUACGAUGAUGGGAAUCACCGGGUUCUCAACGCGCGAAGCUACCUACAAAGUCGUCAUCAACACCUUGAAACACUUGGGCCGAUCCAACCUGAACGCCGCCAUUGGAUUGACUGCCUUGACGAUGCUAUAUUUGAUACGGUUCGUUUGUGGGCAGCUUGCCAAGCGGUACCCGAGCAGAGCGAAGACUAUUUUCUUCAUCCAAACUCUACGAACGGCGUUCGUUCUGCUCCUCUACAUUGCCAUUAGCUAUGGUGUCAACCGCAACCACCGAGAGAAGCCGUUAAUAUCUGUUCUUAACGACGUUCCGCGAGGCUUCAAGCACGCUCGAGUGCCCCACAUCACGACGGACAUUAUCUCGGCAUUUGCUUCUGAGCUUCCAUCGACCGUCAUUGUGCUUCUAAUCGAACACAUUUCUAUCUCGAAGUCGUUUGGUCGUGUAAAUAACUACAAGAUCGAUCCCUCUCAGGAGCUUGUCGCCAUCGGUGUCACUAACGUGCUUGGUCCUUUCCUUGGGGCUUACCCCGCUACUGGUUCGUUCUCACGUACCGCCAUCAAGGCCAAGGCUGGUGUCCGUACUCCAUUCGCUGGCGUAAUCACCGCUCUGGUCGUGUUGCUGGCCAUCUAUGCGCUUCCUGCCAUGUUCUGGUACAUUCCAAAUGCCGCUCUUGCGGCUGUCAUCAUCCAUGCAGUAGGCGACCUCAUCACUCCUCCGAACACGGUGUACCAAUUCUGGCGGAUUUCGCCGUUGGAAGUCAUCAUCUUCUUUGCAGGUGUCUUCGUCACUGUUUUCAGCAGCAUCGAGAACGGUAUCUACACCACUAUCUCCAUUUCAGCAGCCAUCUGGGCCUUCAGAGCUUUCAAGGCCCAUGGUCGGUUCCUUGGUAAAGCUAGGGUUCACUCCGUGAUCGGCGACCAUCUUCUUGAUCCCAUUGAAGAACAAAGCAAAGAGUUUGGUAACAGGCCUGAGCGCCGGGUCCCAGCUGAGAACGAAGACUCCGUUCGCGAUAUCUAUCUCCCAAUCGAUCACAAAGAUGGCAGCAACCCUGAGAUAUCGCUCGAAGAUCCGUACCCUGGUAUCUUCAUCUACAGAUUUUCGGAAGGUUACAACUAUCCUAACGCCAACCAUUACUUGGACGAACUUACGGAUCACAUCUUCAAGAGCACCCGCCGUACCAACCCCCAUAGCUACCCGAGACAAGGUGACCGUCCUUGGAAUGACCCUGGGCCACGUCGCGGCAAGAAAGAAGAUUCGACCGACCAUCGUCCUACUCUCAAGGCUAUUAUUCUCGACUUCUCGUCAGUCAAUAAUGUCGAUCUUACUUCGAUGCAGAACUUGAUCGAUGUGCGAAACCAGCUUGACCGAUAUGCCGCACCUGAUACUGUCGACUGGCAUUUCUGCAACGUCAACAACCGCUGGACCAAGCGAGCGCUCGCAGCUGCUGGAUUCGGAUACUACACGCCAGAGCCAGAGGGCUCGGUUGUUGGCCGGUGGAAACCCAUUUUCAGUGUCGCCGAACUUGGCGGCAGCCAUAGCGUCGCAGCAGAGUUAGAAGCGAAGGAACGCAGGAGAGCUUUGAAAGAAGCCGCAAAACUACAGGGACAAGCCGACGACGACAUUGCGGAGCGCCAAGGUUCUUCAUCUGAUGAGGAUUCAUUGGGCAAGCAGCUCAGCAAUACCAAGGCGUAUGGUCAAUCAAACUCAAAGCCGUCUAAAGUUGCGGUGGUGCAGGGUCUGAACAGGCCGUUGUUCCAUGUCGAUAUCACGGCCGCCUUGAACAGUGCAGUCGCAAAUGCGAACAGGAAAAGUCAUUGA